GCGAGCGAACCAAGAAUGAUAUUUGAAUACUUUGAAUUGUAGGCGUGCACGGACAAUACAUAUCACGCCUUUGAACAAUUGCUGUGCAGCGUCAGUGCUUUGGAGGGUCCAUAGAUGGAGAAUUCGGCGCCCAAAAGCGAGCUGAAGAAGCUGAGCGAAGACAGCCUGACCAAGCAGCCAGAGGAAGUCUUUGACAUGCUGGAGAAGCUCGGGGAGGGGUCCUAUGGGAGUGUUUACAAAGCCAUCCACAAGGAGUCGGGCCAGGUGGUGGCCAUAAAGCAGGUGCCCGUGGAAUCUGACCUGCAGGAAAUCAUCAAGGAGAUAUCAAUCAUGCAGCAGUGUGACAGUCCAUAUGUGGUGAAGUACUAUGGCAGCUACUUCAAGAACACGGACCUGUGGAUCGUCAUGGAGUACUGCGGCGCCGGUUCUGUGUCGGAUCUCAUCAGAGCACGGAACAAGACGCUCAGUGAGGAUGAGAUAGCCACAAUCCUCAAAUCAACCCUGAAAGGCCUGGAGUAUCUGCAUUUUAUGAGGAAGAUCCACAGGGACAUAAAAGCUGGGAAUAUUCUGCUCAACUCGGAGGGUCACGCGAAGCUGGCCGACUUCGGAGUGGCUGGACAGUUGACGGACACCAUGGCCAAGAGGAACACAGUGAUCGGCACCCCGUUCUGGAUGGCCCCGGAGGUGAUCCAGGAGAUCGGCUACAACUGCGUGGCAGACAUCUGGUCUCUGGGCAUCACUGCCAUAGAGAUGUCCGAGGGCAAGCCGCCCUACGCAGACAUUCAUCCCAUGAGGGCCAUCUUCAUGAUCCCCACCAACCCCCCUCCGUGCUUCCGGAGGCCUGAGGCCUGGAGUGAAGACUUCACAGACUUCAUCAGGAAGUGUCUGGAGAAGAGCCCAGAGCACAGGGCCACCGCCACACAACUCCUACAGCACCCGUUCAUCAAGAGUGCGAGGCCGGUGGUGAGUCUGAGGGAUGUGAUAGCGGAGGCCAUGGAGGCCAAGACCAAGAGGCACCAGGAGCUGCAGAGAGAGAUGGAGGAAGAGGAGGACAACUCUGAGUUGGAGGAGGAGGAAGAGGAGGAUGUGGAGGAUGUGGAGGUGGAUGCCCACACUAUGGUGAAGACCGGCUUGAGUAGCGGCGACCUCAGUGACAUCAGCAGUGACAGCAGCAGCAGCGUCACCACUGUGCGGGCAGCAGCCAGAGUUCCAAAGGGCCAGGAGAGGAAGGAAGUUCAGGACGUUCCGGAACACGGAACCCUGGACACCCUGGAAUCAGACCUGGGCACCAUGGUGAUCAACAGUGAUGAGGACGAGGUGACAGAUGACAACAGUAUCAUAAGGAACGUCACUACCCAUCAGUCCCCUCGGCCCUCGUUCAUGGACUACUUUGACAGGCAGGACUCGAAGGCCCUGGCCCAGGAGAGGAACAGGCAGGCCAAGCAGCAGCAGCAGCAGUCCUGCCUCAUCACCAGCAGCAGCAGCAUCGUCCCUGACAACUGGAAGGUUCCGGAGGAUGGCAACUUUGAGUUUUUAAAGAACCUGAGCUACGAAGAGCUGCAGCGGCGUCUGAGUGCUCUGGACCCGAUGAUGGAGCGCGAGAUCGAGGAGCUGAGGCUGCGCUACACGGCCAAGCGCCAGCCCAUCAUCGACGCCAUGGACGCCAAGAAGCGACGCCAGCACAACAUCUGAGAAGGCUUUGGAUACCAGUAGAAGGAGAGG